GGUUAAUUAGCCAAACCAAAGUGGUCAUCUAGCGUCGUCGGAAGUGUCUUUUUUGCUAAUGUUUCCCUCAUCUGGACUUUUUGCUGAUAUAAAUUGUCCUUUCUCAAACUAUGGGCCUUGUGAGCGGCCUAACUGUUUGUACAAACACGCCACGGAAAUGCAGGAGAUGUUUGGUGCCUCCUAUAAAUCAUCGAUAGUUGACUUUGCAGGAGUGCAAAAUGGCUGUCCAGUGAAUGACGAGUCCAGAGAUGACUGCCUUCAGGAGCUGGAGCGGAUCAACAAGGAGAUUGAAACUGUAAGGCACGAAGUGGAACAGGAGCGAAGGCGACUUUCACACUACCAGAACAAACAGGCAAACAGCAAAAACACUGUGGCUGAAUUCUCUGUUUCCAAGUCUGAGACUGCAGGUAAAUAUGUAGUCAAAGGUUAUAAUGGAAUAUCCUCCUCAUGCACAGACUCUACGAAAACGUACACCCAAGCAAGGAAGUACGUGGUUGACAACUCAAAACCAAGGACUGAUUUAGAGUAUGAUCCCCUAUCCAACUUUUCUGCUGGCUUAAUGUCUUACAGCUCUUCAGGUAAUGAGCAAAAAGGUAAAAACAGACUAGGGUUGAAAAGGGCAAGACAUGCUGAACCCUGUGACCAAAAGAAACCAGCUACAUGUCAGUCUCAGCUUUCCCAAUCUCCAUCUCUAGAGCCACUCGAUGACUCUCAUGAAGAUGAUGUCCUGAUUAUUGACAUUCCUUCCUCGCCAGACAAAAAGAAAGUGAGAGCUCAGAAACCUGUUGAUUCUGUUGCUGAAAAAUCCCUUCAAGAUAAAGUAGAGGAAUUGGAGGAGGUCAAAGCAGCCCCUAAUUUAUUUCUAAAUGCUGAGGCUUGUAAGGUGACAUCUCCACCUGCAUCAACAAUAGAAGAAAAUAAAGUUUAUAGUAAUUGCAGUACUGACUACAAUCAAGGUUUGUUAAAUCUUAAUAAGAAUAAAGGAUGUGAAAAUGUACCCAUCGAUGGGAGUGUAGUUAAGUUAACUGGCUGUUUAAAAGAACAGCAAACCGAGAAAAUAACUCACUUUACUGAAACAGUAGUGAAGAAAAGUCCUGAAUCUUCAAGUCACCCUGCCACUACCGGCCUGCAAGAUCAAAAGUGGAACGAUCAGGUGUUGGAAAAGGAAGAAAAAACCUUUAAGACUGACCUGCCUCAGUGUGAGCUGUCCCAUAGUGUUGAGAAAAUGAAUCCACUGCAGCCACAUCAUUUUCAAUCAAAAAAUUCGCUUUUUUAUAAAGCUCCAGCUGUUAGCUCAGACUCUCAAAGUGAGCAGCACACCAAGCAAGCCCAGACAGCAGAGCAGCCAGCUCAGAACAGGGUUAGUAGUCAGUGGUCUUCCUCAAAAAGUGCAUCAUCAGUGCUGCCACACAGUCAGAAAACAUCAAGCACAAUGCAAGGACGGAUGCAUGAUGAAGCUGCUGCUGCUGGAAGUCGCCUGAAUUCAGCAGAGCGAGCUUCAGACAGCACCCAUGGUCAGGCUAAGACUGAUUCUUCAGCAUCAAGUUUGACAGACGGAGCUAAGUCACCAUCUGCAUCAACUAAACAGCCUUUGGUGAAAGAAGAUAAUGAUGACGUCAUAACGAUUAGUUCCAGCUCUGAUGAUGAUGAGCUCAACUAUUUAGAAAUGGACAUGUCCGACAGUGACCCAAUGGAGGAAUGCUACAGGAUCUUCAUGGAGGCCAACAACGAGGACAAAAGGUGCGUCGAGCAGCCAGAUGUCUCUGUUGGAGCAAUGGAUGUGGAGAAACCAGAGUUAGAUGUCAAACUUCAAGCACUGGCAGGAAAGAAGCGGGUCGCUCAUGAAGCCAAACAUACAGAGCAGCCAGUGACUAAGAGCAGACCUCAACCCCAAGUGCUGGUUCCCCUACGUGGACCUGCGGUGUCAGGAUUUACCCCCCAGCCCUCCAUCUCCUCCCAGAUCCAGCAGGUCCAGCAGAGAGCCUCCAUGCUCUCUGCUUCACUUAAAGGUGGUCAGGCUUUUGUUUCCUCUUCCUGUCAGAUGACGCCAGAGACCCAGAGUGCACAUUUUCCUUUGACUCAAGCCCCUGAAAACCUGCAGGCUGCUCCUGUGCAAAAUGCUCACAUGAACUGUGUAUCUUUGGGAACUGCCGUGAUUGAGGUGGGCAGCAACUUGCACCUCAUCCUCCCAGAGGGCACCUUCCCUCUGCCCGUCACUUCCACUUCCAGCCAAGUUACUUCUGUGCUAACUCCAAUCAGUCACAUGCAAACAAGCACUGGGGCUGCGAGACAAAUGUACCAUCCACCUGCAGUUACCACCGUGCAAAGAUACCGCACAAUGGCACCUUUUCUCAUUCCUGCGCUGGCACGUAAACCUUCACUGCCUGCCGCCUCUGCUGCAGCACAUUCAACUUCAGCUGUUUCCACUGCUCCUCAAGCUCCUGUCUAUACUCCUGUUAAGCCAGUCCCCACUAAGCGUAAAUUGAAGCAGCAGUGUGAGGCUACCAAAGACAAAGUUCCCCGUGACAUCCGACAGCGCUAUGUCAACAUGUUUACAGAGGAGUUCCUCAAGACAACAGCCAAUGUUAAUGAUGCCUUUGAAAAGGCACUUGCUGAAGAGAAGACUGUGUACAAUCGAAGUGUAAACAAACUCAAAUAUCUGAGUGUUGCAGUGAAUGCGCUGAAGAAGCUGAAGAACCAAAGUGCUAUUGCUAUCAAAAAUGAAAAUGAAGUCAACAGCCAAAGAUCCAAAGGCAACAUUCCCUUUGAUCUGAAGAAGUGUAAAGAAAAUGAUGAUACGGCAUUGUAUGAGAGUUUAAAGGACUAUAUUUUGACUGAAGAGAGACUUGUUGAGAGCAACUAUCCCGUCCAUCACCCAGAAAGACCUGGCUGUGCUGUACUUUUUACUGACAACAAGAAAAGUAGUGCAGACCCCCUCAAAAGGAUCUGCUGUCGAUGUGGAGCCACGUACUCUGUGAACCAAACGGGCAAACACAUCCGCAAGGAGGAGUGUAAUUACCACUAUGGUAAAGGAGUUACAAAAAGAGUGCCAGGUGGAGUGGAGACUCGCUACAGUUGCUGUGAGGGAGUCAUGGGAGCACCUGGAUGUCAAGUGUUUCAGUUGCAUGUCCAUGACUCGCUCAGCCUGGAUGGCUUUGUGUCGACCUUCUCCAGACGUCCGUCAGAUAUUAGCUGUCCUGGAGUCUACUCCUUGGAUUGUGAAAUGUGUUACACCAUUCAUGGUCUGGAGCUAUCCAGAGUGACGGUGGUCAGCUCUAGCCUUCAAGUUGUCUAUGACACCUUCGUCAGACCAGAUAACGAGGUCAUCGACUAUAACACCAGAUUUUCAGGCAUCAGUGAGGAAGAUGUGAAGGGUAACCGCACCUCCCUCAGAGAGGUGCAGACGACUUUACUGAGCUUCAUCAACGCCGACACCAUUCUGAUUGGACACGGCCUGGAGACAGACCUCUGUGCCCUGAAGUUGCUUCAUGGGACAGUGGUGGACACAUCAGUGGUCUUCCCCCACCGUCUGGGCCCCCCUCAUAAGCUGACCCUUAACAAGCUCACUGCUGAAUACCUCAGGAGGAUCAUCCAAGAGAGUGUUUGUGGCCACGACACAGCCGAAGACGCUGCUGCCUGCAUGGAGCUUAUGUUAUGGAAGGUCAAAGAAGAUGGAAAAUUGAAGAAAUUAUGAAAAUAAAGCAUAACUCCCACACUGUUCAUACAUAUAAACUUAAUGCAAAUCUGAAUUCCACAUAUAUUUGUGUUCUGAUGACAUGAAAAGGCUGUGUAUUUUUGAGUUUGAUUACAUAUUUUGCUUUGUGUUAAAGUAUUUUCUGUAUGUUAACUUUUGCUUUGCAGUGAACAUGUCCAUGCCAUUAUAAAUAUUUGUGGAAACCUGAAGGGAUGGAUGUGAAUAGUAUCCAAGUAAAGGCACAUAAUAAAAUCA